AUGGAUCCGACCCAAAGGAUUGUCUGCCCGAGACUUGAUGUCAUACUGCAGGAAAAGGCUCACGAAUCACGACCAUGGUACACCUACAGGAGACCGAUAAGUCAGACCGAGGGAGCAGGGUCGGAAGAUGCGUUGGCGAUGAAAAAGGACGCGUCGAAUGAGAAAGGACCGAUCAGAUCUGGUCUACUACUGCCUCAUUCGAAGUCGCAUAUUAUGAAACGCCAAUCCAUCUUACGGAUUGUGGCUUGA